AAUCUACGUUAAUUUAGAUCCUUCUCAGCCUAUUAAUUAUGUGCAGCUGAUUUCUUGUGAUACUGGGUGGAAAUCGAUAGAAAACACUAUUUGAGUUAGUUGACAUUGUAUAAGCACUAAGCCAGCCUAAGAUAACAAUGGCUGCUCAACAAUCAGCUCUACCCCCUCAGAUGCAAGUGGAUGCCAUGUCUACAGGUUCCCAGUUCAGAGAAUUUUUAAGCCAGUACAACAAAAUAACAGAACAGUGUUUUAUGGCUUGUGUUCAUGAUUUUACUACGAGACGUGUGAUAAAUGCAGAGAGUACCUGUGCUUUGAAUUGUUUAGAGAAAUACAUGAAGAUGACCAACAGAAUAUCCCAGAGGUUCCAGGAGCACCAGUUAACAAGUAGCGACGCCUUGGCAGCAGCAGCACAAAAAGCUAGUUAAUAUUUCCUUUAGUCUGGAUGUUUAUCAAUAUUUGUAUGAUUGGUAGCAAACAAUACGAGUAUGUUCCAGCUUUUAUAAAAUUAGUGUAAGUGAGGAGAAUUUGAAUAUGAAAAUGUUGUUUUUUUAUCAAUUAAAACUAUGAUGUAGCAUACAAAUGUGCUGUGGCAAGAGACGGGAGAUAGCAGUGUGAAAUAAAUAAAUGAACAAUGUGAUCUUGUUUGUUGUGGGUGUUAGCUUCAUCUCUUGGUUAGUAUCUUGUGCAGCAAGCUUUAAAAAGUAUUAAAUAAGAUUUUAUUCAUCA